AGUAGUAGACGACGCCGCCGCCGCCCGUCCGACAGUCGCCGUUCUACAUAGCCGGACGUCUGUCGUCGGUCGUCCCAUUCGCGUGUCGCGGUCAGUGCAGUGUGUUCAGUCUUGUUCGAGUGUGCUUGAGCGGUUGUUCUCUUCGCAAUAUUUUCGGCGUCGGGUCGGUCCAGGCCCACAUCGCAGUUUCCGGCGGCCGACUCGCCCGCAACGAGCAGCGGACCGUCACCACCCGUCGUCGGGUUUUCAAAAAUCGGUCCCAUCGCGUCCCGGCGCGGAUGGACUGACACGCUGUGCCGACAUCGCAGCGUAGGCCAUCUGAAGAUAUGGACAGAACAUUAUGGAAGAAUACAAUAACUUCAUAUGCCGGGUGGUUUACUAACUCAUUACGUCGACGAAGAUCUAUAUUAUUUGGACUCAUACUCAGCAUACUUCUUUUCGUAGUAUGUGUACAAUACAAUGCGUCUAAUGAUAUAGGUAUCCAAAACAUCCAAAACACUUUAGUGAUGUCUGAGUUUGAUGCUGACGAACAAGCUUUGAAUAAACACCAAUCACCUGCGCCAAUUUCGGGAACAGUUAGAAAAAUGAAAAAUGAAGAAGACAUUAAUUUCAUUGAAGAACUGCAGCAGCCAGCUCGUAAAAGCCGACGAAUUCAGAUCAAUCCCGAACCACAACAAUCACUACCGUACGUGCCUCCCCAACGUCUAGUACACAUCGAUUUCAAAGGAGCACCGCCCAAGCUGCUUUACCUUCAAAAACUUUUCCCGUUAAUAAAAAGAUUCGGUGGAACAGGUCUUUUACUUGAAUGGGAAGACAUGUUUCCUUGGAGUGGAAAUCUGUCUCCAAUAGCUGCCGGCAAUGCGUAUUCCAAAGCAGAAAUUAGAGAAAUAUUGAAAAUGGCCGCGAUUAACGGAUUGGAAGUAAUCCCCCUAAUACAAACGUUCGGUCACGUAGAGUUUGCAUUGAAAUUACCUGAUUUUGCCCAUCUGAGAGAAGUCCAAGAGUCGCCACAAGCACUCUGUCCAUCGUUUAACGCCUCUAUGAAGUUUGUCGAACAAAUGGUCGACCAAAUUCUCGAGAUUCACGGGAAUGUGAACUACUUACAUAUUGGCUGUGACGAAGUGUUCCACAUGGGAGAAUGUUUCAGGUGCAGAUCGAAAGCCAGAGAAGAGUUGUUCUUAUCUCAUGUUAAGCAAGUGGCUACGUAUGUGCGCACAAAAUCUCCAAACACAAUUCCUAUUAUAUGGGAUGACAUGUUGAGACAUUUACCAGUGGCCACAAUGCAGUCAUACGACAUUGGGAAAUUAGUGGAGCCGAUGGUGUGGGUAUACGCCGAGGACGUGUAUAGAUUUGUUAUGCAGAAUGUUUGGGAAAAAUAUCAAAUUGUUUUCCCGAAUGUGUGGACAGCUAGCGCUUUCAAAGGGGCAUUUGGUGAAACUUUAUACAUUCCAAACGUUAAGAGACAUUUGGAAAACAAUUUGAAUUGGUUACAAUUGAUGUCCAACGAAAAUAGUCGGUUUACAGGUGGUUUCAAAGGAAUUGUCAUAACUGGCUGGCAAAGGUAUGAUCAUUUUGCUGUUCUAUGCGAGGUAUUACCGUCAUCCAUACCAUCGAUGGUCGUUAAUCUUUUGGCUACUACAAAUGGUUACAUGAAUCAGUCGCUGCAAACCGAUUUGAACGAAGGACUCAACUGUGGUAUUUUUGGCCACAACAAUGAAUACGACGGAGAUUUUUUAAACUUAAAUAAUGAUCCCCACCUCUGGGACCAGUUCUCGAGAUGCACAUUUCCCGGAAAUACAUUUUUUAGGUUGUUAUAUAGAUUACAUACCAUUGAAAUAGACUACAAUGAUUUUAUAUUAGUGACCAAAAAGAAUCGUGGAUGGAUGACUAGUUACAACGUAGAACAUGAAUUUUCAUCUCCGCUUCGUGUUGAUGAACUGAUGAAUGAUCAUUCUCGAAUAUAUCGGUCGCUUUUAUCUAUGGUUAGACCUUUUCAGGAAUCGAUGACUGGGAUAUUUGAUAAAUAUACCAUAUCCGAAUGGAUAGAACAAAGAAUUUAUCCAAUGGUUAGAGAACUGGAAAAAAUACACAGUGAGGCACGUGAGCUAAAGUCAAAAAAGACGUGGCCUAAAAGACCACUACCUAUGUUGAAAGAAUUAUUAAGGAUUGGAGUUACUGAACGUGAACUUUCUACACCAUCCAAUGACGGAACGUAAACAUUUGAUUUUUAUUUGACUGUGUUUGUUAUGAACUAGGCGUCAAAAAUAUAUCUUGUAGAUAAAAUUAAUUAAUUCUACAAGUUUAUUUGAGACCUUAAGACAUGGUAUAAGUUGACAAAGUUUCAGGGUUAUGUGUAAACUGCAUUUCAAAAGGGUAUUAUCAUAAUAUAAGUGAUUCUUAGUAAAAUGAUUGAUUAAGUCUGUACCACCAAGUGUUGGGUUUUGGGCUCUAUAGGAUAUGUGCAAUUUAGUAAAACAAUAAAUUAUAUUAAUAAAAAAAAACCUAAUAUGUAAAUAUUUACUGACCAAAAUGUAUAAACUUAAAAUAUAAAACAUGACACAAAACCAGACCAGUUUGUAGUUGGUCCUUGGUCAGGGUGCGCAAAGCUAGAGAGAAUAGACAGUUUAGGAAAAUGCUUCAGAAAUUAAAUGAAGCAAUAAUACUCGGUUGGGGAUUCAAAUCCAUGAGAUUUUACAUAGUAGCACUCAAAACCACAGAGCCACAGGUCACAGUGGUCCAAUAAAUCUAAUCACAAUUCACUACUUUAGUAUGAUAUGUGAGUUGUGCAUAUGGCUUUUGAAAAAUGUGUCUGUCAAACAUAACUUUAUUGAUAUAAGAACUUACAUAAUAAUCUUGUGCCAUGCAACAGUUUUAAUUUAUCUUCUAAAUACUUAUUCAAUCAUCAAGGCUAUAAAAAAUGUAAUUUUUAUUUUUAUUACAUUAAACACUUGUUGAAUAUUUUGUUCAUUUAAAAUUAACUUGAAUAACUUUUUUUGUGUUACUGUAUUAAAAAUUUUAAUAUUAUAAAUACUUAUUGAUUUUUCAAAUUUUACAUUUAAAUAAUAAUUAAUAGCAUUACUUAAAUUUUUAUUUCUUAUUAAAGUACCUAUUGUCUAAUUUUUUUUUAAAGUUUUCUGGUUGAUUUAUUAAUUAUUUUUAUAUUUUGUUACCUAAAUAUAAUGUAUGAAGAAAUAAUUAAUCUAAAUAUUAUGGUUUUUUUUUUUUAUUCAAAGAUUUGUACAUAAUCAUAGGCUGUGUUUUAUUUAUUUUAUACUGUUGUUUCUUUUAAAACAAAUGGGUUGUGCAGAAAAUAUAACAUUAUGACUGAAUAUAACUAGCUAAUUUGUACUUAGAAAAAAAUCAGUCAAAUUACAAUUUUUUAGAUGAAUAGAAAAAACUUAUUUUUAACGUUAAAAUAGUAAAACAAAAAUUAUUAAAUUAAAAUAUCACGCCAAAAAAAUUUGUAUUCAGCACUCCCUUAGUUUUUGUUUUAAAACACCAAAAAUCUCUAUUUCUGUCUGUUUUACAUUUUUAAGUAUAUAUAUAUAUAUAUUUGUCCAUUGUAAAAUAUUUAUUGCUAUUGAAAUUAAAAAUAUUUAUGAAAUAGUUAAUAACUGAAAUAUUGUAUUUAAUGUGAUAAUAAUAAUUAUUAUUUGUUUUUAAGAAUAUUUCUAAUAAAAAAAAAUAUAGGUAAUUAAUAUGUGAUGUAUAUACACUUUCUGUUGUUUCCACAAAAAUACUUUUAAAUUAUUUAUGUUUUAGAUGAUAAGGUUGAUUAUAAUAUGUAGCUAUAAUUAUAUAGUGUACAAUUGUAUUACAGAAAAUGUUCUAUUCAAAUUUUGUAAUAUUCAUCAAUUUAUUUAUUUAUAUACCUAUCCACUUAUUUAAUAUUCAUAACAUUUUAUUACAAGUAUGUUAAUUUAAAGUUUAAACAAUAUUAUGUGACUUAAUAAAAUUAUUUUAUACCACCUAUAUAGUAUUACAUAUUUACUUUUAAUAAUUAUAUUAAAAUAAACUUUAAUUAUGUUGAACUAUUUGUUAUACAUAAUUAUAACUAUAGAAACUUGCUAAUUUAAGUCUUAAUGAGAUAUUCAAAUUAUGAAGUUGUAUUAAUUUUGUAAUAUUAAAAUAAUAUAUAU